AUGAUGAAAAUCUUAACGACAUCACUUAUCAUCAUCGGGAAGAAGAUAAUAAUCAAAUUCAGUACAAUUGAGACAGGAGGGGAAGAGGAAGAGGAAGAGGAAGAGGAAGAGGAAGAGGAAGAGGAAGAGGAAGAGGAAGAGGAAGAGGAAGAGGAAGAGGAAGAGGAAGAGGAAGAGGAAGAGUAUGAAAAUGAAGAUGGGGGGCGAAAGUGA